AUGUCGAACGUCAUCAUCUUCGGCGCUGCAGGCGCAGUCGCAAGCGCAGCUGCCCUCGAAGCCAAGAAGCGCGGCGCAAAAGUAUGGCUCUCCGUCCGACAGUCCGAGCUACAACCCCUCAAUCAAAUCAGCGAACUGGCCUCAGCCAAAGGCUACCGCCGCGUAGUCGCAGAUCUGACCAAUCCAUCAACAGUCACACAAGCCGUCAAAACGUCAGGCGCCACCACAGCAUUCUUAUACACAGUUUUCGCCUGCCAGGACGGCAUGAGAGCGGUCUUCAACGCUUUGAAAGACGCAGGCGUUACCUUCGUGGUACUGCUCUCCUCGUACGCGGUCAAAGAUCCUCCAUCUUCCAUGCAGAAAACAAAGGGAUCUGCGUGGCACCAUGCGCAGGCUGAGAUAGCAUUGCAAAGCGUAGGACUAGACGCGGCGGUUCUACGGCCUAUGUAUUUCUGCUCGAACCUCUUCCUCGUUGCGCAUGGUGCGAAACACGGAGUCGUGGAAUUAUUUCGGCCGGAGACGGUUUUCGAUUUCAUCGUACCUGGAGAUAUUGGUGCUGUUGCGGGUGGAUUGCUAGCGACGCGGAACCACAAGGGCGUUAUCAUCUUGAAUGGUGCAGAGUUGAUGACGAUGCGGGAUGCGAUUCACGUCGUUGCGCAAGCAACGAACCGGACAGUAGAGAUCAGGGAAAUCUACGAAGAGACGUUCAGGAGGAACAUGAAGCACCUGCCUGAGGUUGAUCUGCAGUCGCUGGCUGCAAAUCACAUUGAGUAUAGUACAAAGCCAAAAGAAGAACUGUUCCCGAAGCAUAGCGAGGCAGUAGAGAAUCUACAACGAUUUGGGGGACGAGUAACCAAGCUUGCGGAUUGGACAGGCGGAGGCGAACUCAUGUCUAUGAUACAUAGUACAUAUGAGCCGUAG